GUACCAGGUAUGGGCUCCACUAUUUGUCAUCAAUCUACAAUUAAAAUUCAAUUUACUUCUUCUCAGUGACCGUAGGCGAGAUCUGAGACUGUUCUUGGCGAUGAGGGGCAGGGGGGCUCAUUUCUUUUUGCAGUUAACUAAUUUUUUUCAUUAAUAAAUACUUGUACCCUCCGUCCAUUAAUUAAGUUCCCGGUUUGACCGGGCACGCAUAUUAAUGCAUGAUAAAAAUUGUAUUGACUUUCCUAAUUUACCCUUAACAUGUCUACUACCCCUAAUGCUUCUCCACCAAGGACGGAGGGAGUCAAAGCUACCGCGGACGACUCCCCUGCAGCGCCGACAACGAUUCUCCGGCAUUGCCGCCGCUGACUCUCCGGCACCAUCGCAGAUGACCUCUCUUGCACUUGUAGCCACCAUCGCCUCCACAAUCCCCACCCAAGUAAAUCUGUUCUGGAUCUUCUCAUGGAAGACAACACAUCGGUAAAAGAGUAGAUGCAAGGUUUUAAUGGCGUAAAAAGAGCAAAUCUAAGGUUUUGACUGAGGCGGAAGAAAAGAUUUUGCAAAUCGAACAUGGGAGCAUAAGAGGAUUUGUAGAUCUAUACCAUCACUGCCAGCAAUGUCGAAAGAGGAGCGGAUCUUACCGCCGGCUCGCUGCUCCAUCAUUAAUUUCGAUCGCCGCCUCGCUCCCAAUCAAUGGGUGGUAGGCCAAAAUCAAAAGGGGAAAGAAGA